AUGAUGUGUUACGAGAAACUGAGUAGCGAUAGGAAAUUGGGCGCCAGUAUUGGCCCGAUCGCAGUCAUGACAUUUCCAUUGGGCUUUGUUUUCUCUCGACCGGUGCUAAUAGUGGCCGACCCGGAGCUCAUCAAAGACAUGAAUAUCAGAGACUUUCAUAACUUUGUUGAUCACAACGAUGUAAAAUCUGGCGAUCCGUUAAACGACCGGUCGUUGUUUAAUCUAAUGGGAGACGAGUGGAAAGAUAAAUACUUGGAGUUAAAGGUUAAAAAUGGGGAUGAAUUGGAUGUGAAGCGAGCGAUGGGUAACCUAACUAUGGAUGUGAUCGCUUCGUGUGCUUUUGGCACUCAAAUAGACGUUCAUAACGACAACAAAACCAACGAGUUUGUGGCCAACGCUCAGCAAAUUACAUCAAUCAUUUCUAAACGGAGAUCUCAACGCAACUCUGGUAAACACAGGGAUUAUCUGCAGCUUAUAAUUAACGCCCAGAAUAGGAGUGCAGACAAUAGUGAGGAUCAGGACAUCGAUGACCUCAACGAACACAUCUUCGGCAAAACCGAUGCUUUGAAAUACCAGAAGACGGCAAAUGUGGUCAUCACUGACGACGAUAUGUUGGCCACGAGUUUCCUAUUUUUUGUGGCCGGAUAUGAGACAACUGCCACUCUAUUGUCGUUUCUGACCUACGAGUUAGCUAUCAAUGAGAAGUGUCAGCAAAAACUAUACGAAGAGAUUAAGGCUUUUAACGGCAACUAUAGCUACGAAUCAAUCGCUCGAAUGCCGUAUUUGGAGGCCUGUAUUGCAGAGACGCUCAGACUUUAUAAUCCAGUUUCGGCCGUUAGUAGAGUAGCCAUCGAUGACUAUAAACUUGGAAAUACAGGUAUAACCAUACCCAAGGGAAUGAUCAUCAACUUUGACAUUGAAAGCAUACAUAAAAGCUCCGAUUAUCACCCGAAUCCAUUUUGUUGGGACCCUGAGCGGUUUAUGCCACAAAAUCGUGAUCAAUUAGUGUCCGGCACUUAUAUGCCGUUCGGAACGGGACCCCGAAAUUGUGUGGGAAUGAGGUUUGCGUUAAUGGAGGCCAAGACUGCUGUCGCGCAUCUCAUCACUAAAUACCGAUUCAAACGUACGGCUAAUACAACGGUUCCGCUGAAGUACAAGAAGUUUGAGUUUCUCUUAACCCCCGGAGGCAUACAUAUUGGUAUCGAGAAGCGAUAA